AUGGUACCGGAGUUGUCUGAAACUUCUACAUUAAAUUUCGAAAAGUCUAUAAAUGAUAAGGCAUCGACGAAAGAAUCAUACAAAACCGGUUAUGAAUGGAAAAUUGUUUGGAGAAAUGUUAUGAUUUUCGCCUACAUUCAUCUUGCUGCCCUUUUCGGGCUAUACGUGCUUUUCUUCCGUGCUAAAUAUCAAACGGCUAUAUGGUUUAUUGUUGUUGCUAUCCCUGGGGGUCUAGGUAUCACCGCCGGCGCUCAUAGAUUAUGGGCCCAUCGAUCUUACAAGGCAAAAUGGCCCUUGAGAUUUAUCCUCAUGAUUUUUCAGACUAUCGCUUUUCAAGAUGACAUUUAUCAAUGGGUCAGGGAUCACCGGGUGCAUCAUAAAUUUACCGACACCGACGCGGACCCGUAUAAUGUACGCAGAGGAUUCUUCUUUUCGCAUGUCGGUUGGCUGUUGGUUCAUAAGCAUCCUGAUGUCACAGCCAAAGGUGCUACAGUCGAUUGCAGUGAUCUGAAGCAAGAUCCAAUCGUGAUAUUUCAAAAGAAGUGGUACAGGUAUUUGAUGCCGCUCUGCUGUUUUAUCAUACCAACGUUAGUACCAUGCUGGGCAUGGAAUGAAAGUUUGUUAUAUUCGUGGCAUUGUGUAGUCUGCAGAUAUUGUCUAAAUUUGAAUUCUACUUGGCUGGUGAAUUCCGCGGCUCACAUGUGGGGCAUGAAACCAUACGACAAAUCAAUCAGCUCCGCCAACAAUGCUGGAGUAGCUUUUGCAGCACUUGGCGAAGGUUGGCAUAAUUAUCAUCAUGUCUUUCCGUGGGACUAUAAAGCAGCGGAACUUGGAAAUUAUAGGCUCAAUUUUACCACCGCUUUCAUCGACUUUUGCGCUUAUUUAGGUUUGGCUUACGAUUUAAAGACAGUACCUGCUGAUAUAAUAAGAAAACGCGCCGCUCGAAGUGGCGAAACAUAUGAACAGUAAUAAAUUUACCGAUUAUACCAAGUAAAAUACAGUCAAUUAAGUUUUCAUUCCAAAUUGAUUUUUUCCUAAACAGAAUCUUGUGCAGAAGUAUUUACUUAAAAAAAAAUUUUUGAAGAUAUAUUUCUACAAAGACUUUUGAAGUGUUUACAAUAAUAUAUGUGUUUUUUGGUGUAAUAAUGUGAUCGAAAUAACUUUUAAUUUAUCAUAUUAUCGUUUCUUUGACGUUACUCCUUACUUCUCUAUGUUUCCUUGUUUUUCGUAAUAAUGCCACACCAUUACAUCACGAUA